UGUUGAAAAUCAAAAUCUGCAGCCAGCUACGAUAUAUAUAAGAAAUAAAGGUGUGGACGACACUAAAAAUAAAAAUAAAUUUAGCUUGAGUAAUAUGGAACAAGUCCAAAAUGAUACUCCUAAAACGGAGAUUAAACUUUUAGAAACUGUUGAAGAUAUAGAAAAUAGAAGAGAUCAAGUAUUGCGACGCUAUGCUGAGUUUAAACUUGCUACCCAACAGAGAAGAAAGCGGUUAGAAGAUGCAAGGAAAUUGUUUCAGUUCAAGAGAGAUGCAGAUGAAGUUGAACUAUGGAUUAAUGAAAAGCUCUUGGUAGCAUCUGAUGAAUCUUACAAGGACCCUGUUAAUUUACAGGUAAAAAUCCAGAAGCAUGCAACAUUUGAGGCAGAGGUUCAAGCUCAUGCGUUUAUGAUGGAAUCUAUUGAACAUAAUGGUAAUGAGAUGAUCAAUGAAGAACAUUAUGCUGCUGAUUUUGUGAAGCAACGUAUUGAGGAAUUGAAAGUUUUGUGGGCAUUGCUUUUGCAAAAGUCAAAAGAAAAAAGUGUCAUGCUGGUUUUUAUCCAAAAAAGGGUCAACUAUUAUUUAGUUGUUGAUGAACUAUUGUUGUGGAUAAAUGAGAAGCAAGUGAUAUGCUCUGCUGAUGACCCAAUACAGGAUAUCAAUCAUGUUGAAGUCUUGCUAAAAAAGUUUGACGACUUUCAGAAGGACCUAAUUGCAAAUGAGGCUAGAAUUACCGAAGCAAAUGAAAUUGCAUCAAAAUUGGAAGGUGAAGAGCAUCCAGAUGUUGAUGAAAUUAAACAAAAGCGUGAUGGUCUAAAUGAAGCCUGGGAAGCAUUAAAAUUACAUGCAGAAAAACGAAGAAAGAAACUAGACGAGUCGUUUGAAGUGCACAACUUCUAUAGGGAAACCAGUGAGACUGUGAGCUGGAUUAGUGAAAAAGAAACUGCAUUAGCUACUGAUGAUGUUGGGAAGGAUUUGUCCAGCGUAGCAACUUUGCAAAGAAAGCAUGAAACUUUGGAGAGAGACUUGGCUGCCCUUGCUGAUAAGGUUAAGCUGCUUAACUCAGAGGCUGCUGAGCUAAAGGAGAAAUAUCCAGAGGAGGAAGAACCAAUUACUGCCAAGGAAGUUGAGCUUCAGCAACACUGGAAUGAUUUGCAGGAGAAGGCAAAAGUUCGUGAAAAGAACCUUGACGAUUCUCAUAAUUUGCAAAAGUUCUUGGCAGAUGAAAGAAAUUAUUUGGCCUUUAUUGAUGAAAUGAUGAUGCUGAUGUCAAAUGAUGACAAAGGAAAAGAUGUUGCCACUACUGAAGCACUAUUAGAAAGGCAUGCUGAACAUAGAGGUUAUAUUGAUGCUGCUGAAGAAGGCUUUGAUAAGGCUGUGGAAUUAGGAAAUUCAAUGGUUGCACAAAACCAUUAUGGUAAAGAUGAAGUUGCUGAGAAAAAUGAACACUUGCAGAAUGAAUGGGCAAAGAUGAAUGACUUGUGGGGAAAGAAAAAAGCAGACUAUGAUCAAUGCAUGCAAUUGCAAGUUUUUAAUAGAGAUAUUGAGCAAAUGGAAGCUGUUAUGGUCCAGCAAGAGAACUUUCUCUACCAAGAACCAAAUGCAGAUUCUGUUGAUGGUGCUGAUAAUUUGAGCAAAAAGCAGGAGGAUUUUGAAAAUAUUUUCCAAGCUCAGGAGGAAAAAGUCAAGGCUAUUAACGCAUAUGCUGACAAACUUGUUGCUGCUGGCCAUUAUGCUAUACCAGAAGUUAGAGAGAAACAGGAGAAGUUGCUCAAAAAACGACAACAAUUAGCUGAGCAGGCAAAUGAACGACGAACAAAACUUGGAGAUUCUGCACAGUAUUAUCAAUUUGAAAGAGAGACAGAUGAAACCAAAUCUUGGCUUAAUGAAAAAAUAAAGAUAGCUUGUGACGAAUCGUACGAGGAUCCAGUUAACUUGCAAGGAAAAUUGCAGAAGCAUCAAGCAUUUGUUUCUGAAUUAAAUGCAAAUGACAAUCGAAUUAAUAACCUGAAAGAAAAGGGAAAAGAGUUAAUCGAUGCUGAUCACUAUGCUAAAAGUGACAUAAAUAACCAGUUGGAUGAAAUUGAUGAACUUUGGACUGAAUUAAAAACAAAAGCGGAUGAAAAGGGUGAAAAGUUAACAGAAGCUAAUCAAGAACAACAGUUCAAUAGAGGCGUGGAAGAUUUAGAUAUGUGGUUAUCUGAGACGGAGAACCAACUUCAUUCUGCUGAUCUUGGAAAGGAUAUGAUGAGCGUAAAGAACCUUCAGAAGAAACAUUCUCUUCUUGAGGCUGACAUUGUUGCACAUCAGGAUCGUGUUCGAAUGGUAAAAGAAAAUGCUGACCAAUUUGCAGAAAACAACCAUUUUCAUGCUGAACCUAUUACAGCGAAAGCAGAAGCACUCGUUAACAGAUUUGAAGCAUUGAAGGAGCCAGUGAACAAGAGAAAGAAAGAACUUGAAGAUGCAAGAAAGUAUCAUCAGUUUUUACAUGAUGUUGAAGAUGAAGAGAGUUGGAUUCGGGAGAAAGAACCAAUUGCUUCAUCUCUUCACACAGGACGUGAUUUAAUUGGUGCACAAAACUUGUUUAAGAAACAUCAAGCCCUGAUGAGUGAAGUAUCAAAUCAUGAUCCACACAUUAAAAAUGUUUGCAAAAGUGGUGAGGGAAUGAUCAGUGAAGAUCAUUUUGCGAAAGAUGAUAUCAAAGAAAAAAUUGAUGAUUUGCAAGCUCAAUGGAAGGAACUGUUGGCAAAAGGGCACCUACGCAAAACAGACUUAGAUGAUGCAUUGCAAACGCAUCAAUACCUUGCUGAUGCCCAAGAUUCCGAAGCAUGGAUGAGUGAGAAGGAACCUCUUGUCACAAAUGUGGACUAUGGAAAGGAUGAAGACACAGCUCAGGCCAUGUUAACAAAACAUGAAGCUUUAAUGGCAGACAUUGAGGCUUAUAAUACGGUUAUUCAAGGGUUACGAGAACAAAGUCUAGAAUGCAAGCCACUACUGUCUGGGGACAUAAGUGAUAAAGAAGUUGUAGAAGUAAUACAAGAUUAUGAAGAGAAAAAUCCAAGAGAAAUCUCUGUGCAUCAAGGCCAAAUAUUGACACUGCUGAAUAGUAGCAAUCGAGAAUGGUGGAAAGUUGAAAGUGAUGAUCGACAGGGAUUUGUGCCAGCAUCAUGCGUGAAGAAAGUCGAUGCUAAGAAAGCAUCACAAGAUCUUCUCUCUAAUAUUCCUGAGCAAGAAACUAUUAGUGAUCGACAAGCACAAAUUGAUAGCAAAUAUGCAGAUUUAAUUGGUAAAGCUCAAGAAAGACACGCCAAGUUAGAAGAAUCUAUGAAAAAGAAUGCAAUGUUGCGAGAGGCAAAAGAAAUUGAAGCAUGGAUACAAGAUUCAGAAGCUGUAGUAACCUGUCAGGAAGUUGGUGAAGAUAUGGAUGGUGUCGAAAUGUUGCAAAAGGAAUAUGAUGAGUACAAAAAGGACAUGAUUUCACAAGAAGCACGCAUACGAGAAUUGCAAGCCUUGUGUGAACAACUGAAAGAGGAAAAAUCAUCAGAGUAUGAAAAAGUACAAGAAAUUCUGACAAGAGUAACUCAUCGUUGGGAAGAAAUGAAUGAAGCCGCACAAAAGAGAAAAGAAGCUUUGGAGAACGCUGCUGAAAUUCAAAAAUUUCAUAGAGAUGCUGAAGACACCAAAGUUUGGAUUGAUGAAAAAGAUGCAGCUUUAUCAUCGACUGAUUAUGGUCGGGAUUUAGCUACUGUUCAGGCUCUUCAAAGAAAGCAUGAAGCUAUUGAACGAGAUUUAGUAGCCUUAGAAGAAAAGGUCAAUUCACUAAAUUCAGAGGCUGGUCAACUCAUAGAACAUCACCCAGGAUCUGCUGAUACAAUCCAACAAAAGCUAAGCGAGUUAACUGAAGCUUGGGGACAAUUGAAAGGUAAAGCAUCGGAAAGGAAGAGCAAGCUAAAUGAAUCAUAUGUUUUCCAGAAAUUCCUAAGCAGUUACAGAGACCAAAUGUCUUGGGUACAAAGUAUCAAUGCUUUACUAACAUCUGAUGAGCUUGCCACUGAUGUCGCUGGUGCAGAAGCCUUGUUAGAUAGACACCAAGAACACAGAUUGGAAAUUGAUUCUCGUGAUGCAAUAUUCAACAAUUUCAACGAAUUUGGUCAACAGUUAAUUCAGGAGGAACAUUGCAAUGCUCCAGAAAUUCAGGAAAAGUUAAAUGAAGUUCAAACAGCUAGAGAUGACUUACAAAAGUCUUGGGAUUCCCGUAAGAAGAUUUUAGAUGACAAUAUGGAUGAAAUGCUGUUCAACCGUGAUGCUGAGCUUGCAGAAUUUUGGAUGGAUGCUCGAGAAGCUGUUCUACAAAGCGAGGAUAGUGAAUCAACUGACGUUUUGAUGAAAAAACAAAAAGACUUUGAAAAGGCCAUUGCAAUUCAGGAGGCAAAAAUUCAAGCCCUGGAGCAAACAGCUGAAAAAUUAAUUGGACAAGACCAUUAUGAUUCUAAUGUCAUUGCGGAAAGAAUAAAAGCUGUUAUGGAGAGAUGGGCAUUGUUAAAAGCUGCUCUUGUUGAACGACGUUCAAAACUUGGUGAAUCACAAUCACUCCAGUCUGUUAGCAGAGAUGCAGAUGACGUGGAGGCUUGGAUAAGUGAAAAGUUGCAAACUGCUAAAGAUGAGUCAUAUAAGGAUCCAUCUAAUAUUCAGGGUAAAGUGCAAAAGCAUCAAGCAUUUGAAGCUGAAAUUGCAGCGAAUGAAGACAGAGUUCUGGGAACCAUAAAUGUUGGCAGAGGGUUGAUAGAUCAAAAUAAAUGUCAAGGUAGUGAGAAUUUCUUAAAGGAAAGACUGGACAGUAUUGAAGAAAACUGGAAAUUGUUAUUGCAAUGUUGUUCCAUUAAAACACAAAAGCUUCAAGAAGCUAGUGAACAGCAGACCUUCUCGAGUGGAGUUCAAGAUGUUGAGUUCUGGUUAGGCGAGAUGGAGAAAACAUUAUCUUCUGAAGACUAUGGUAAGGACCUACCAAGUGCGCAAAGUUUACUAAAGAAACAUCAGUUGGUCGAAGUAGAAAUAGCUACACAUGAGGAUCGAAUUGGUUCGUUGCAAGCUCAAUGUAAACACUUUAUCGAGAUUAAACAUUUUGAUGCUGUUCGAAUUCAAGAAACAACAGAAAUCAUUGUCACCAGAUUUGAAAAUGUCAAAAUUUUAAGGACUACGAGAAGAGACAAGCUCGAAUCAUCGUUAGCUCUUCAUCAGUUCUUAAGAGAUGUGGACGAUGAAGAGUCUUGGAUAAGGGAGAAGAAGUUGCUUGCUUUAUCUCAAGAUUAUGGGAAGGAUUUAACUGGAGUUCAAAACCUUCGCAAAAAACUUCAAAGAUUAGUGACUGAGUUAAAAAGUCGAGAGGCUCGCAUUCAAACGGUUUUGCAGAAUGGUGAUUUAUUUGCUGAAAAAAAUCCUAACAAGGAAGGAGAAAUCAAAUCACGAUGUGAACAAUUAACAGAGAACUGGAAGGAACUGAACAAUCUCACUUCUGACAGGGAAAAGAAACUAGGCGAAUCCGAGGAGUAUCAACAACUGAUUGCUAACAUUCACGAAGAAGAAUCUUGGAUUGCUGAGAAGUUAGUGUUGGUCUCCAAUGAUGAUUAUGGCGACAACCUAGCUGCUGUGCAAGGUCUGCUGAAAAAACACAAAGCUUUUGAGAAUGAUUUUACUGUACAUAAACAAAGAGUCAGUGAUAUUGAAAAACAAGGAGAAGAAUUAAUCGCAAAGGAGAAUUUCAGAGGAGAUAUGAUAAAAGAGAUUCUUCACGAACUAAAUGAGAAGUUAUCAGGUUUACAAAAACAAGCUGAGAUCAGACAUCACAAGCUUCAAGAUAAUUCUGCGUUCUUACAAUUUAACUGGAAGGCUGACGUGGUAGAGUCAUGGAUAGGUGGAAAAGAAAGUUACGUUAAGGGUGAUCAAGGCACGAAGGAUAUCUCUGCUGCUCAAACACUUUUAACUAAACAGGAGAAACGUCGCAGUUUAUAUAUUCGACUCAAUCCUCAUCAGUUACUUAAAAUGCAGGACACGUUUGACGCAGGUUUGCGUGCGUUUGAGAACGAGGGUAUUGCACGUGUGACUGCGUUAAAAGAUGAGCUUGUGAAAGCAGAACAUGAACAAUCACAAGCUAUCAUACAGAAACAUGAUAACUUAAUGUCAAGAUGGCAACAACUUCUUAAAGAUGCGAAAGAACGUCGAGACAGAUUGAUUGAACAACAAAGACAUCACCAGAUGGUCGAGGAUUUGUUUUUGAUGUUUGCAAAAAAAGCUUCUGAAUUUAACAGUUGGUUUGAGAAUGCUGAAGAAGACCUCACUGAUCCUGUUCGAUGUAACUCGGUUGACCAGAUUAAGGCUUUAUUAGAUGCACAUUCUGCGUUCCGAAAAAGUUUAGAUCAUCCAAAAGCUACUAUUUCUCAAUUAGCUGAUUUGGAUCAACAAAUAAAAGCGUACAACAUUGAAGUCAAUCCGUACACAUGGUUUGAUAUGAACGUGCUUGAAGAAACGUGGAAAAACUUGCAAGACAUCAUUAAAGAUCGUGAAAAUGAACUUGAAAAGGAGGCUCGACGUCAAGACUAUAACGAUGAAUUGCGCCAAACCUUCGCUGAAAAAGCAAAUUCUUUUUAUCGAUUUGUUACUGACACAAGAAUGUCCAUGGUUGAUGUAACUGGUGUAUUGGAGGAUCAGCUUGUUACUUUAAAGGAGACAUCAAAAGUAAUCACAUCAAAACGUGAAGAUCUUGCUGAUAUUGAGGAUGUGGGUGCGCAGUUAGAAGAAGCUUUGAUUCUUGACAACAAGUAUACCGAACAUAGUACAGUUGGGCUUGCUCAGCAGUGGGAUCAAUUAGAUCAACUUAACAUGCGUAUGCAGAAGAAUCUCGAACAUCAAAUUAAUGCGAAGAAUAUGACAGGAGUGGCUGAUGAAACUCUGAAAGAAUUUAACCUCAUGUUUAAGCAUUUUGACAAGGACAAAACAGGCUUCUUGGAUCAUAUUGAGUUUAAAUCCUGUCUUCGUUCGCUUGGUUAUGACUUGCCUGUGGUCGAGGAAGGUGAAGAAGAUCCAGAGUUUGAAGCUAUCCUUGCAACUGUUGAUCCAAAUGGUGAUGGUGUUGUGUCAUUGAAUGAGUACAUGGCGUUCAUGAUUAGUCGUGAAACGGAAAAUGUAAGAUCUGCCAGUGAAGUAGAGGAAGCCUUCCGCGCCAUUACCGACGGCGGUAAAAUGCCAUACGUCACAGAAGAAGAACUUUAUCAGGCACUAACCAAAGAACAAGCCGAGUACUGUAUGGAACGCAUGGAAACUUACGUUGAUAAAGAUGGUAGAGAGUUGCUUGGUUACUUCAAAUACAAAACAUUCGUUGAUAAUCUAUUCGUAGCGUAAUUAAUGACAUGUUGUAACGAGAACACGAAAUUAUGAAAACUAGUUUGAGAAGCGUAUGUAAAAAAAAGACAGCGAUCCGGUUAAAUCAUCCGUGAACAUAUGUAGUAAUUGAUAUUUAUUGUGAUUUUAUUACGUUUUAUUCUAGUUAGUGUGCACCAGUAAUCUUAUUACUGCACUGUAUGCAGGUACCAUAAGCAUAUUUUGGGCAUACUGGAUAUGCUUUAACUAAUGUUAUAUAAUUAUUGGAUUGUUAAUUCAUUAGGAGUUGCACAUUCUACCGAAUGUAUCAUACAUUUUACCCAUUUUAUUGCUUUGAGCGCAUGUUAAUUUUACUGUACACUUGUUAUAUCAAAAGUAGAUUGUAAUGCACUAAUUCGUUGUCCACUUAUUUACUUUUCAAUCUGUUCAUUUGAUUUGAUUUGAUGUAGUAACAUUUACCAAUCUGUGA